AGGACCGAGGGUCUUCUCUGACGCACCAUGGAUAUCCAAUUCGAAGACUUGACGUACGAGGUGAAGCCACCGUUUUGGAAUACCAAAGCUCCGACAAGAACGAUAUUGAAGUCUGUAAAUGGCCGAUUUGCAGCUGGCGAACUUUCAUGCAUUAUGGGACCGUCGGGUGCAGGAAAGAGCAGUUUGCUUAAUUCAUUAUCCGGUUACAACUAUAAAGGCGUAAGCGGGACUUUGAAGUUAAAUAAUCAAGUCAGGGACGAGAAGUUGUUUCGCAAGUUAUCAUGUUACAUAAUGCAGGAGGACAAGAUUCAACCUAUGUUAACUUUAAACGAAGUGAUGAUGUUCGCUGCGGAACUUAAACUAUCCAAUGGUACACUGACCAAAGAAAAACAAAUGAUCGUGACAGAAAUUCAAAAUGUCUUGGGACUGUCCGAGAGCAAAAACACAAGGACAGAAUUCUUGUCGGGAGGCCAGAAAAAGAGGUUAUCUAUUGCUCUAGAACUCAUCAACAACCCGCCCAUAAUAUUUCUAGAUGAACCUACUAGCGGCCUGGAUAACGUUUCCAGCACGUACUGCCUACAGCUGUUGCGCGGGCUCGCGCACCAGGGCCGCACCAUCGUGUGCACCAUCCACCAGCCGAGCGCCAGCAUGUUCCAGCUGUUCGACCACGUGUACGUGCUGUCCCAGGGAUACUGCGUGUACCAGGGCUCCACCGACCAGCUAGUUCCGUUCCUGUCCACCGUCGGGCUGCACUGUCCGCUGACGUACAACCCGGCCGACUACAUAAUCGAGGCGACCGACGGCGAGGAACAGGACAACAUUGAAAAGUUGGCCUCGGCCACGGCCAACGGUAAACAGUCGCUGUGCAAGACGAGAGACAUCAACAACUGUUACUUGACCGAAGACCCGACCAAAGCUUGUGAACUGCUCUUGCCAGAACUCAACGGCAACGUAGUCACUUCUAAAUUGCUCCCUUUGCCACCGAUCAAUUACAUAGCAGGCGACGAAGUGGACAACGACGAAGACGAUGACGUGGUAAAACCCGGCAACACGUGGUGUGUGGAGUUUCCGACUUCCGGUUGGUCACAGUUUUGCACGCUUUGGAAGCGUAUGAUCUUGCAGUUGUACAGGAACAAGAUCGGUCUAAACAUACAGUUUUACCAUCAUCUCAUCUGUGGCCUGGCGGUGGGCAUUGUGUUCUACGACAAGGCGAACGACGGCGCACAGUUCUUCAAUCACAUGAAAUUCUGUAUGGGCAAUAUUCUCUUCCACACGUUCACGCAGUCGAUGGUCCAAGUGCUUGCAUUUCCGUCCGAAGUGAAACUACUAAAACAAGAAUACUUCAACAGAUGGUAUAGUUUAAGGCCGUAUUUCUUGGCGCUACAGUUGUCGAGGGUGCCAUCAAUUAUAUUUUUUAGCAGUAUUUAUACAACUUUGGUAUAUUUCAUGUCUGGGCUACCAUACGAACUUUUGCGGUUUUCAAUGUUCAAUAUCAUUUGUCUAUUGGUUUGUUUCGUCUCCGAAGGCAUGGGACUACUUGUAGGAUCUAUUUUCAACGUGACGAACGGCAGCGCGGUCGGACCAAUGAUGAUAGCACCGUUUUUGGGGCUGGCCAUUUAUGGGUUCGACUUUGCACACCAAGUACCGUGGAUCAUGGAGUUCGUAAUGCAAGGAAGUUUCUUACGAUGCGGAGUCAUCGGGCUGGUAAUCACCGUGUUCGGGUUAAAUAGGGAGCCACUGCACUGCGACACCGGCUACUGUCACUUCAAAGAUCCAAACAUCAUAAUUUAUUACCUGAACGUGGAUAGGAAGCAUCCAUACUUUGAGAUUAUCAAGUUGGUGGUUAUGCUCGUGCUGUUCAGAAUUUUCACGUAUUUCGCACUCCGGAGGAGGCUCACUGGCUAAAAAGGCAGCCAGUACGACUAUUUUUUUUUUGUCCGAGACGAACUUUAUUAUUUUAUUAUUUUGAUUACUUAUCCUUAAAUAUUUAGUUAUUUAAUUUUCAUCGAUUUGUAUUCGUUGUGUUUUAUUUUUGUAAAACUAUAUAUACCUAUACAUACAACGAUAAUAUUAUUAUAUUAUAUUAAAUUAGACAUAGAUACUUUAGUUUUCUAAUUUAUCACACUGAGUACUCGAAGAUCGAGACUUUAACAUAUAUAAUGAAUAAUAUAUAUUUUGUAACUAAUUUAUAAGUAUAUAAUAUAUUAUAUUGUUACAACUUUUAUAU